AUGGAUACAUUCCUCACCGGGCUUACCCGGCAGGCAAUGAAUUAUGCGAUUCGUUCGGGAAUUGCGAUAACAGCGAGCUAUGCGAUGCGCCAGUCAUCCCGCUUGCUAAAGAAUAUCAGUAGCGAAGACCGAGAUGAGCUCGUUUCGUUGCAGCAGCGAUUAGAGAGCAAAAUACAGGUUAUUUCUCCAUCUAUCGACAUGAUUGAGUUGAUUGCUGCCCGAGGAAAUACUUCACUGGAAUCUGCGGUUGCGCUCACAAAGUCUCUGCGAUGGGAUAUUCAAGCUCUGGGGCAGCGUCUAGCAAAGGCUGCCGCAUCGGAAGAAUUGAUUCGAAAAGGAGCGAAGCCAAAAGAUCGUGCACAAAGCGAAGCCGAAAUCAAGUUCAUUAUCAAGGACAUCAAGAAGCUGUUAGCUCGCAUUGAAGAUGCGGUGCCCCUCAUGAAUUUGGCAAUCACCACAUCCGGGGCCAAGCUUUCGACAAACUUACCGGCAACAGUUUCACCGUCCCGGCUUCUUCAGGCAAGCACAUUUCUCACGGCAGGUGACACCCAAUACUCGAUAUCUCCGUCGCAGGCAGUACAAGUGGGACCAACAUUUACCCUAUCUAUGUACAUGCUGUUUGCCAGCCAUUUGAGACCCCACGACGAAGAAUCUGUCCGUGAAGCAACGUGGAAAGAAGUCAUGCACAAGGCACGACUGAAACUGCGGCGUGUUCCGAUAGACUCAUUACAAUCACCAGAUGAACGCAAACAGUCAAAGCUCCCUGGACCGGCUGGAGCUGACGAAUACACAUAUCAAGUACUCAUAAUUGAAGACCUUGAGGACGGCAGAGUGCACUCAUUUGACGAAAAUGAUCCACAGCCCCAAAAGUAUGAGGGCGUCUCCCAGGCAGGAAUCCGGGAAAUUAUACCUAUCCAUCAAAUCUCCAAGAUCUUCUAUGCCGAUACUGGCAGAAUUCUCAAUAUCAGCACGGAAGGCGAGACCAACAAUCCCAUACUUCUUCUGAAGCGUGAUUUGAAUGCUCUUCCACCGCGGCGCAUGAUGGAACGGGAGGAGAUAGAGGACGAGUACCCUCCAGCAGAUUCUGAUGAAGAACCAGAAGACGAGGAGCAGGCCCAAAUUGAUGCCCAGUUAAAUGGAGAAAGUGGCUCAGCACACGACAACUUCAGCUCUCUCCACCAAGACUCCAUUCCCGAAGAAUGGCGUCUGCCGCCUGGGUUGGAUCCAGAAUGGAUCGCAUUCGAAGUCUACAAUGAAGACGAAUCUUCAGAUUCGGAAUCAGAAACUGAGAACAACGGCCCCACGAAUGAGUCUUCGAUCGAUCCAAUCAUGAUGGCUAAGCUAUCAAUCAAUGAGCAGAACUCCUCGUCGCCAUCUCCCUCCCACCAAAGAUACGCAUCCCCAUCAAAUACAGGAACAACUACGGUCACCAAUCCCCAUUUCGAAAACAUUCGCACCUCCCUAUCCCUACUAGAAACUCUUCUCCGCUUAACCUCUCUCCAGCAAUUUCAGCAACAGUCCCAUCUCUCAAUCAGCGAUGAACUCCUCAAUUUCUUCCUGGAAGAAUCAUCCACAACAGGAGCCGGAGGCGACGAACAGCAUCGCCAACGCCUUCGAAAUGAAGCCCGCCGCCGUGUUGGCUGGGAUCCCUACAACGAAAGCCCCGUCAAGCACCGCGGUGAAGAUUAUCAGUAUGGCUGGGAGGCCGGCAGUCCAUACGGCCACGCCCGUGAGGGAGGUGACCCGUACUCUCCUGGCAGAGGGCAAGGUUUCCACCUCCGUUCUAGAGAGGGCACACCAGAGACUCCUGUGCGAAAGGGCUCGCCUGGGCCUCGUCCCAGUGGUUUGCGUGGUAUGAUGCCAGCAUAUUCUCAGUCUCCUCUUGGAAAGAAGGGAACGCCAAAGGAUGGUGGUCUGGGGUCUGGAACUGCAGAAUGA